AUGAGGUCCUUUGUGUGCGCCGCUGUACUUGCCCUGUACGUAAGUGCAGUUAUCUGCGGGGAUGAAAAAAAGGAAACUCCUAAAGAUAAACGGUCCAUUUACCAUGGAAGCGGGUUUGGUUCAGGAAGCGUGGGCGGAUAUGAUAGCGGCUUCGGAAGCUAUGGCGGCAGCUACGACAGUGGAAGCUUUGGAAGCAGCGGAGGUUUUGACGGUGGCUUCGGAGGAAGCUUCGGCGGUGGAAUUGGUGGAGGAGUUCACAAGGAAAUUGUUACUGUGACCAAGCAGGUGCCAGUUGGUGUUCCACAACCCUACCCAGUUACCAUCACCAAGAAUAUUCCAGUCGGUGUCCCACAACCGUAUCCAGUUCAUAUAUCAAAACCAUUCCCGGUACCUAUCCAUGUUAAAGUACCAGUUGAAGUACCAAAACCAUACCCAGUGCACAUCACCCAUCAAGUCCCAGUCAAUGUUCCAGUCUACGUUAAGGUUCCACACCCAGUGAAGGUCGCCGUUCCAGUGCCAAAACCGUACCCAGUGGAGGUCAUCAAGAAAGUUCCUGUCUCGGUGCCAACCCCAGUCUACUUUAAACAGCCAAUCUACACCCAUACUCACUCCCAUAGUACCAAAACAUAUGGUGCUCCAAUUCACUUCAGCGGACAAUCCUUCGGUGGAUCCUAUGAUUCCGGUUUCGGUGGCUCCAAUGAAAACGUCGGUAGCGGUUUCAGCAGCGGUGGUGUUGAUGGCGGUUACAGCGGAAGUUACGGUGGCAGUUCUAUUGGCUCCUCUGGAUCUCACGAUUCCAGCUGGAAAUGCAAUCCAAAGACCGUCCGGAUAAGUAACACAUCAUUAAGAACUUCUGUCCACAACAUGAGGACCUUCGUAUGUAUUUUAGUGGCCUUGUGCGUUUACGGUGUGAGCUGUGGUGAAUCCUCUACAAAGGAGAAAAGAUCACUUUUAUUAGGUAAAUUGGGCGGUUAUGGAGGCGGACAUGGAGGAUUCAACGGUGGCGGUUAUGGAAGUUACAACAGUGGUGGCUACGGAGGAUACAAUGGCGGAUACGCGGCUGGUGGCUAUGGAGGAUACAAUGGUGGAUACUCGUCAGGUGGCUACGGAGGGUAUAACGGUGGAUACGUAGCAGGAGGCUACGGUGGAGUUGGCUAUGCUGGUGUAGGUUACGUAAACGGCGGUGGAUACGGAAAUUACGGCGGAGGCUAUGGCAACGGAGGCGUGGUGACUGUAACUAAAAAGAUUGCCGUGCCAGUACCGCAACCCUAUCCCGUAACAGUAACCAAAACAGUUCCCGUUCCAGUCGCUGUAAAGGUGCCUGUUCACAUCCCAAAGCCAUAUCCAGUGACGGUCACGCAGCAGGUUCCGGUUAAGGUUCCUGUUUACGUAAAAGUCCCUCAAACCGUCCGUGUUCCAGUCGAAGUACCCAAGCCGUACCCCGUGGAAGUCAUCAGGAAAGUCCCGGUCUCGGUCCCAACUCCAGUCUACGUUAAAGUUCCAGUCCACAGCCAUACCUACACUACUCUUGGUGGAGUUUCCACAGGUGGUUAUGGAGGAAGUUACGGAGCUGGAUACGGCGGAAACUACGGAACGGGAUAUGAAGGAAAUUACGGAACAGGAUAUUCUUUGAACUCAGGAUCUGUAAAUACUGGAACAACUUACGCAGGAAGCUACGGAGCAAAUGACGUCAGUGUUGAUACGUCAAGCAGUUAUGACAGUAAUGGCGGAUUCGAUGCUUCCAGCUACAAUAAUUAUGGUAGCGGAUAUUCUGGCGGCGUUACCGGAUCCGUAACAGGUGGAUAUUCUGGCGGAUUGUCUGGAGGUUAUUCCGGUGGUUUAUCUGGAGGUUAUUCCGGUGGUUUAUCUGGAGGUUAUUCCGGUGGUUUAUCUGGAGGUUAUUCCGGUGGUUUAUCUGGAGGAUAUUCCGGUGGUUUAUCUGGAGGAUAUUCCGGUGGUUUGUCUGGAGGAUAUUCCGGUGGUUUGUAUGGAGGAUAUUCAGGUGCUGUAAGUGGAGGAUAUUCUGGUGGUGUAAAUGGAGGUUAUUCUGGUUCCACUGGCAUUACCGGUACAGGCUACGUCUCGAGUGCAUACGGAGGUCUCAACGGAAACACGGGUUACAACACUUACGCUUCCCAAUGGAAGUGGUAGUUUGAAAUGUACCCGAAAUUGAUUUUUUUAUACAAUUUUAA